AUGACCAGCGGGUGUGGCCAUCUGAAAGUUCAGUUGGAAAAAGGAGCCGGAAAUCUUUACAACAUUUACCGACGGCUUCUCCAAAUUAUCUACCCAAGCGAAUUGAAGCUCUACCAGAUGAAGGCGGCUCUCAUCCGAUGCGAUGUCCGUGGGUGCACGGCCCGUCAGCACGAGCUUCUUCUCUGCACUCAAUGCAACACUUGCCGAUGUUUGAAUCACAUCAACGAACAUGCGGCCAAAACGAGCACUCUUGGGAAACGACAUGAUUUUGCUAUUUCACUCGAAUAUGGGCAUAUCUUCUGCAACGAUUGCCAUGAUUAUGUGUAUACUGCGGAGAUGGAAAGGCUACGAACCGAAGCCUACGAUUCGAACCAGCGAUUUUUGGGGUUGCCACGUAGCGGACAAUGGUCUUUGAAUACACAUUGUAUUGAGCCCAUCGCAAUAACAUCCUCAUCAAAUAUUGCUGAUCAUAGCCUUCGUGGUAUUGUGAAUCUGGGUAACACGUGCUUUAUGAAUUCGAUUAUUCAGUCGCUAGUACAUAUGCCCGCGAUGAGAGAUUAUUUUUUGAGUGAUCAACAUACUCAUCCAAAUACUUCCAAGUCCGUGUGCUUAAUGUGUAUGGUCAACGAAGCAUUUCAAGAGCUUUUGCAACCAAACUGGGAAGAGCCCGUAGUUUUGAAGCAGUUAUUGGGUUUUCUAUGGAGUUCUUCAAAACAACUUGCUGGUUAUCAUCAACAAGAUGCACACGAGUUUCUAAUUACGCUACUUGAGCUAUUGCACAGUCAUUCAAAACCAAUUGAAUCACCAAUACUUUCUACGGAUUGUAAAUGUGUUAUCGACAAAAUCUUCACCGGACAAAUGCAAUCGGAUUUGACAUGUAAUAGUUGCAGCCACGUCUCCGUUCGUGUGGACCCGUUCCUCGACAUUGCCCUAAAUGUGCCAAUCCCUGUAAACGGCGAACUUGAAGCCAUAACUCUUGAGAAAUGUUUGGACAGAUAUGUCCAAAACGAAACGAUUCCUUGUACAAAUUGUGAAAAAUGUGGAGGUCGUGGAUUGACGAAGCAAUUGACGUUCAAGAAGCUUCCCAUUGUGGCGAUUUUCCAGUUGAAACGUUUCCAUCACGAGGGACAAUUACGAAAAAAGAUUUCAUCAAUCGUGCGGUUUCCAAUGGAACUCGAUAUGACUCGAUAUUUGACCGCCUAUCACACAGAUGCCUCACAAUUUGACUCGAAUAAAGGAAGCUGCUCAGCGCUAAAACGUCAAUACAAUAGGUACGAAUUGUAUGCUGUAGUUCAACACUCUGGUUCAAUGGACACGGGGCACUACACGUGUUUUGUUCGACGAGGUCAACAAUGGUUUAAAUGCGAUGACGACGCGGUCUAUGCUGUUCCGCCAAGCACGGUCUCCAUGGCUGAAUGCUAUCUUCUCUUCUAUCAAACUACGGCGCUCAAGUUCCAGUCACCUAUGGACACUUCGACU